AUGGGAAACUGUGCUAGCAACCCCAAGACCAACGAAGGUGAUGCCCCAUUGCCUGAGCCUGUCACUGAGGAGGUUAAGGUUGAACAACAAGAGAACAAGGUUGAGGAAAAUGCUGUCACCAAGACAGAGGAGACCCCCGAGGCCUCUGAUGAAAAAUCUCUAAGCACCUUGCUCAAUGAGAAGGAAGCAGAGAAGGUUGAGGCCAAGACAGAGGAGGCCAAGGUUGAAGCCAAGACAGAGGAGGUCAAGGUUGAAGCCGUGGUGGUGGCAAAGCCUGAAACCAAACAAGAAGAGACACCCGCAGCUAAGGCUGAGAACUAA